UUGAUUAAGAAAUGCGUUUCAGAGUAAUUAUAACAAACUCUUCCCUUACCUUGCUAUAUAUAUAAAUCACAUGGUUUUAUGCUUCUAGGAAGAGUUAAGUGAAGUCAGUGUUAAUUCUAUGUUUAGUAAUCACUUCAUAAUAUUUACGACACUGCUGUUACAAUUGCAAAUAAAUAUAGGUUGUAUUACUUUUACUCUUUUACUCAUGUAUAAUUUAUUAUUCUUUCUUUUUCUAAGUAUUUAACAAAUAAAACUCCUAUCUCUAUCUUUUUUAUUCUUCCACGUGCAUGUUAACGUGUGUGUUCUACUUUAGAAAGUAAAUUAAAAUUUCUUUAAUGAAGUUAAUUAUGUAUUCCAUUCUUAGAAAAGCAUAAACUUUAUCAUGAUGUCAUAACAAAUGAUAGGGUUCAUAAAAUGUUGUAUUUUCCUUAGAAUUGUUUUAUUUUUUUUAAUUGUAACCAAAUUCUUAAACAUGUCACAUGUGCUGUUUUCUACCAAAGACAUCAUUAUAUUGCCUAUUGUGUUUUUUCUUUGAAUAAAAAAUAAAAAAAAUACAAAUGUUAUUAAACACAGAAUGGCCCAACACCCCUAAAAUACUUUUUAAUGUGAUCAAUCUAACAGUUAAAUCCUAACAUUACCAUUAAGAAUAUUGUGUCCCGUACAUGUUUGAUGAAAUAUUAUGUGCAGUGCCAGCUUCUAUAAUGUUUAGGAAUCUCCCUGUUGGAUAUUGUUGAUAUUAAUUUAGAACUAACACAGUCUAGAUCAAAUUGUAAGAAGGUCAUAAAUGUACCACUUCCGUGCUUUCUUGGAGAGCGGAUGUUAAGCUGAGAAUGAUUGUGAUGAUGAAUUGGAUGGUGUUAGAUAGAAAUUUACAAUUAGGGGUGUUAGGUCCCAAUUGGGGAUUCUAACGAGAGUUUCUGGAGGAUGACAAAAAUGGUAAUGCCCAAAUGCUCUCCCAACACUAAUUUUAACCAAAUAUUUCAAAUCAUUCAAUUCCAAUCAUUUCAUUGUUUGUGUUUUGAGCAAUUAAAAAUUGAAAAUUUAUAAUGCAAUAAUUGAAUUUUUAGCUCACUUUGUCAAGUAGGUUUUGAGAAACGAAUACAGCAGCUAGAUAACAGAAAAGUUCGCAAUUCAUUUGAAAAAAAAGCCUGAUUGAAAAAGUCAACCAGUAUUUUCAAUGGGAUAGUCUAUCCAACAGACACAAAAAUAAAAGCUGGCUAAACACCCUGUUAUAUGCUUGUCAGAUUACUACAUACUUGAUGUUGUCCAUUUUUUCCCUUCUAAAAAGAGGUUUUGUGCUUCCCUGCACCAUCGUAAACAGUCAUUUUAAUGGUGAUUAGUUGUUGAUGUUUUUUAGUCCUACGUUCCUGGGUUUUCCCUAAAUAAUCUAUGACUAUGUAAAAUAUUCCUAAGGAUUUCAUCAUAGUUUUUAAGAAGUUCUAAGAAAACAUGGGAAUUUUUUUUCUUUAUCUUUUUAUUUAAGCUUCAGAUAGUGUCAGCGCCUUUUUAUUUAUUUUCUCGCACUUGCAAAGUUUCUAUUUCCUCUUGUCAUCAUUAAUGUUUGUUUUAAUUCAUUGUGAUAAUUAGCAGAAGAAAAAAAUAUGAUUCAAAUUAUGUGUCUGAUGUGAUAUUCCGUUGUGUUUAUAAUUACAACAAAAACCCUAAAAGAUUAUUGUUUGAUGAGAUUAAAUGUAUAAUAAAGUGACGUGGUAUUCGUGAGAAAUUAUGAAGAAAUCUCUGCAGACGUCAUAAGAGAUGGAAUGACGUGGUUUUGUGGUUGAUAUAGUAACGUCAAUGUUUUUCUUUAUAUGGUGCUGCAGAAGAGUCGUUGAAAUUCUUUUCUGUUGAUAAUGAUGCAACACACGAACUAAUCUGUAGUUAUUAUUAUUUCGAAGAUGAUGUCUUGUGUAACGGAAACAAGACUUGUUGUAUGUGGUUUUUAAAGAAUUGGACAGUUUCGAUGUAUGAAAAGUGUCAUUAAUCCUUGCAACUCGUGGUAUAAAUAAAAGCAAAUAUCACUUUGUCAUUAGUUGUAUUUAUUCAGAAGGAAAGGUCACAAAGAUAGUUAGAAGAAAUGACAACACUAAAGCUGCUUAUAUGUCUUAGCAUUGUUAACUGUUGUAUAACAUUAGAUGUUCAAAAUCUACCUAAUGUUGAUUGCAACUCUUAUGUAGAUUUCGUAGCAACCGAUCCAAAGUAUCAUCGCUACACACCUUAUUACGUGAAACUAAAUCGAUGUAAUGGUGUCAAUGUUGGUGGCUGGAAGCCACACAAUAAACGUUGCUUGCCAACAAAAGACGGAAUCUCUAAUAUUUCUAUACUUACAGUUGAUUCGGGUAAUCGUUUUAACUUUGUCACGCUGCAGAAUCAUACAGCUUGCAACGAAAGAUGCAUAAUUGAUAAUUCUUCCUGUACUCAGUAUCAAACGUUUCAACCAAAUGACUGUGAUUGUUUAUGUAAAUACAAUAACCCACCUCAAACAAAUCCAUGUGUGCAUCCUUUGACAUGGGAUCACACAAAAUGCAACUGCGUAUGUCCACAUACGAGCUUAAAAUGUGAAAAAGGGAAAGUGUUCACCAAAGACACCUGCGGUUGCACAUGUAAUAUAAAAAUCCGUAUUCAAUGUACAGAAAGAAAAAUGUUGAUUGAUCAAAAUUCAUGCACAUGUGUUGCUCCCAAUGUGGUGACAGGAGCGGCAAAAGGGACAUGUGAAGGUGAUGUCAAAGGAGGCGUUUUGGCUGUAGUAAUGAUCAUGGAAGCUCUAGCUUUUGUUGUCGCUUAUUUCUUUUUAUAUUCAUAUUGCUACAAGAGGCAAUACUUGCCCAGAAAACAGGCUAAAAAUAGUAAUUUACAGCAUAAUAACAGCCAAUACAGAAAUUUUGAUGCGCCAAAUAAAAACACUUGUAAAUUAAGCGAGUUUAAUUCGAUAUCUGUUGAAGUAAAAGAAGAAGAUAUAACUCGUAAAGAAAAUGAUAACGAAGGUUUGGUGCCUGAUGAUAAAUACUCUUUCUGUGUUGAGGAGAACGUUAGUAACUGUGACGACAAUCAGUCGCAUCCCACAGGUUACAAUGUUAGCAUUGACGUGGAAUAACAUCCCUCAUGUUAUCUUGAUUUUUUAUUUUUUUUGUAUAUAUGCUUUUUUUUAGAAUGUACUGUUGUGUAAUAAGCGAUGUAAUAAAUGCUAUUUAUAUAUAUAGAUAUUUCCUAUUUAAUAUUUUUACUCAAAAUUGUAACUAACUUAAAAAUAUUAAAUAAAUUGGACCUCUAAUAAUAAUAAAUGAAAUUAAGUGUGAAAA